ACCAUAACGGUACAUAUACGGGCAUUAUUAUUUCUCUGCUUGUCUAGCUUAUAUAGUUUGUUUUCGGGAUUUACAUAUAGAAUUCAUGUUCCAUUCUACUAUAAUUUUCAGUAAAAACUUAAAAUGUCAAAAUGUCUAUGUACCUGACGGCAAAUAGUGUUGAAAUAUUGCCAGACGUACUAAUUUUGCGUGUUUUGGAAGGCUAGGCACUUUUACGAGAGAUUAAAUGUUUGAAGGGAUGAUUGGCGGAAUAUCUUCUCCAUGUUCGCUGCAAUAAGGUGUCUUUUCUAUCAAAAUAGAGUUGGAAGCAUUAAGAAGACUCCAAGUGCACCCACUCACUGGUGAAACUCCACAAUCAUUAAUGGAACUUGAAUCUCCUGUUUCGGUAAAUAUCGACGGAGAAAUGAAGGUACCUAGCCGUAACUGAAUUCUAUGGUAUUAUCUUUGCAACCCAACUUACAACAUGCUUGCAACAUCGUUUGAUUUUGGUGUAUCUACCAUCAAAGAUGAGGUUUGCUUCGUUUUGUUAUAUAUACUGAGCAAAACUUCCAACUAGACCCUUGAAGAAUGUAGAUAUCUUUUUUAUUUUAAAAGUUACCUCGCCAGUGAAAUGGAAAAAUUGGAACAUCGAUUAGAUACAUUCCACUCGUGUAUAGAACGUCAGCAUACGAAUUGCUGUGAAUCGGCCAUCAACAGCGACUCAAACAUUGUGAACGUUUGCAAUGAAAAGGGAGAAACAGCUCUUCAUAUAGCAUGCAAGCAUCAUGACAUAAAUGCUGUCACUCACCGUAUUCUAUCAGCAGUUACAAAUAUUAAUGUGCAAAAUUAUUGGGGACAGACUCCACUGCACUAUGCUGCUGCGGCAAGGUCUGUGAAAACGAUGAAACUUAUCCUUCACGUACCGGGAAUAGAUCUUAGUUGCAAAGAUGUCAACGGUUACACUGCACUACAUACGUUUGUAAUUUCUAGUCAGGAAUUUGACGACAACUGGAAAGAAGGAUUAAAACUUUUAGCUGAAGCAAACAUUGAUAUUAACGCUAAAACGAAUUAUGGCCAGACUGUUCUCCAUCUAACAUCAUUUCAAGAUGAUAAUACAAAGAUGUUGGGCCAUAUUAUGAGAAAAUGUCAAACUCUUGAUUUGAACACAUUAAAUAGCUUUGGUGAAAACUUUUUACACAUUUACUGUGUAACGGAGAUCGGUCAUGACUGUAUCAGUUUGUUUGAACAAAUCGAACAGAUAGACAAGUCAGUUUUAUUGAAAUUACUCAAUCAACAGAACGUCUACGGAUUGUCUCCAUGGUGUCUCAUGGUAGAAAAUGGAGAAAUGUUUUGUGAACAUCUCAAAAUGAUAAUUGAAACGCACGGCGUGUCUGUCAAUGACAACUGACAAUCUUGGUAACACUGUAUUACAUCGUUGUGUUGGAAAAGGUGGCUCAAGUUCAGAUAACAUGUUAGAAAUUUAUAAACUACUGAUAAAGAACAGUAUCAACGUUAAUUGCAGAAACGUCUUCGGUCAUUCUGCUGGAGCAUUGUUAUAUAUGGAUGACGUAUGUAAAGUCUUAUUACAAGGUAAAUUUGAUUUUACAGCACCAGACCGUUGGGGCAGGAUCCCAUUGAUUAACGUUAUGAAUCAAAACGCACGUCCCAUUGUUUUGGAAACGAUGCUACAAACCCAUCCCUUUACGGUCAACUUGAGAGAUAUUUACGAAUCAACACCGUUGCAUUAUGCCGCAUACAGUGGAACAGAGGAAUACGUGGAAGUACUGCUGAAACAUGGUGCCGAUUUAAAUGCAAAAGAUGCAUUGGGGGACUUUCCAAUAGAUACCGCCUUUCGUCAUGGAAAGCAGGCAUGUUGGAAAUUAUUAGCUAAACAUAUGCAUUUGAAAACAUUAAAUGAAAAGAUUUUUCUUCAUGAAGCUCGACAUGUGACAUUGAACUUAUCCUCUUUAUAUAAAGUUCCAAUGAAUGAUCUACUGGACGGGUUUCCAAAAAAUAUGGAUACUUUUGCAGCAGAUGCUCUGAAAAAUAAAUAUAAACGGGGCAUACUGCAUGACGUCGACGCUGAAAUAAUAGAAGUAAAGAAUAUUGUUGCGUCUGUAAGAGAACACGUUCAUGAGAUUUGUGAGAUUGUUAGAGGAUACGACUCUAGGUUUCGUAUGUCUGUAUUCCCAACCGGAAGUUCAGCAGAAGGUACAAAAGUAGGACCACCUGACGAAUUCGACUUUGCACUUUGCAUCGAAAAUCUGAGUGCAAAUUGUGUUAUAGAAACUUCGGCUGAAAUUGACGGUUAUGCUUGUCUCAAGUUCAAGGACAGUCCUAUUUCUGGCGAUUAUAUUGCGUUCUCUGAUUCGGACCGUUAUUUUCUGGCGCUUCCAUUUCUUCACUAUCUUUUCAGAUAUAUAAGAAGGGCUCUGAGCGAGAGACGACUGUGGGAAAAGAGUAACCUUCACAGAAGACAUGAAGACAAAUUCCGUGUGACAAGCAGGAAACCAGUUUUCAAUUAUGAUCUUUACUGGACUGGUGCUGUCUUCAAGCACCUGCAAAUUAGCAUCGACCUUGUACCAACAGUAUAUCAAAGUGGAUGGUGGCCAAGUCAUUUCAGAUUUGACCGUAUGAAACUAAUGAACGAGAAAGUAAAGGCGGCUGGCUGCUUCAUACUGAUGCAAACGGAGGAAAACAGCUUUGAUCAAGGAUGGCAUCAAAUGAAUGAUUCGAUUAGCUUGACUUGCAAUCUAUCAUAUGAACAGAACCGGAAUCGGCUCCUUCAAAUAAGCGUUGCUCCAGCAGAAAUUACCCUGAUACAAUCUCUUCCAGAGGUAUAUCGUCAAGCAUAUGCUUUAGCAAAGAUUGUGAAAAGUGAGGCUCUUUGCCCAAAUGUCCAAAUUGACAUACGGCCAGUGGGUAUUAAGCUUAAUUCUAAAGUGUCUUACAGAACGCACCGAAACCACUCUUUGUUUUUCCCUGCUAUAAAGCCCUCAGCAAUCAUGAAAAGCUACUGGUUGAAAAAUUGUUUGUUUUACGUUGCUGAUGAAAUUCAAACGCAGUGCACAUCUCUGGAUAAAAGUUAUCUCCAAAUAACAAUCCUAGUUUACCAAAAACUUCUAGAUUUUGCAGCUUCGUGGAAUUUUCAGCCAUAUAUUCUUCAAUCGUCCGAGUUGUUUGAGUUAGCCAGAGGAAAUUCCUAUUUUGAAGUAUUUAUUUCCAGAAUGAUAAUAUGCAUAAACGUGGUGCUUGCAAUUUUAGGACAACAAUUUCCAAAAGAAAAUGACGUUAAAACGCUGUUAGAUACAUGUAGAAAAAAUCGUGCAGUUCUUGAACUGAAGCGCCUAACAUACUAGCUAAUUUAUGUUAGGGUAGAGGUGUUAAGUGGACAAGGACUUAUCAGCACAUUGCUAUAGGUUUUAGCUGAGACGGGAUGGAAAUAACUUUUAUCUUCUAACUGUGUUAAACCAUAUUUAAAGUGUUGUUAUAGUGACUGCUUUUUAAUGAUAAAUUGUCAUUUGAUUGCAAAAGUCAUGAAAAUUACAAGAAGUGUAUAAUUUGGACGGUGGUCGGACUACCAUUUUUGAACUGACAUUCAACUUUAAGGACAAAAUGUUCGGCUGGGCCUAACACAACCACAUGUAAUCUAAUACAGUUUUAUAGUAUUGAAAAGGUUGAUUGAGAAUCGAAUUCCAAUUUUUUACAACCUCUUAAAAUACAACUUUUUAUAAAACAAAUGAUACCCGGUUAGACUAAAGCAGGUUUACUGAGAUUUUAAGUUAGACAAUUCCAUAAUAUUCUGUCUAUUUAUUAAACUCAAAAACAUAAAGUCAGCGGUCAAGUGAUUUUCCAGUACAAAUGAUAUCAUAUGGUAGAUUCAAUUCACAAAUUAAUUGAUAUUAUACAUGUUUUAGAUUUCUAUAUGUUUUGCCAACGCCAUUUAUAUUACAUUUUAAGGAACACAACUUCAUAAGUAUCUAACGAAUCACAAGUACAUGUUAAGAUCUAUUGAAACUGGCAGGCUUAAUUUAAAUUUUAACUUUUAGCCAUUUGAACUAUAAAUUAUUUGGCAAUGCUGUCGAAACCUCAGAAAAUAUUAUGACAGUCUAUUCUUUCUUUAUUUGUUUUUUUUAUAAUGUCUUAGUUUAUAUAAAGGCAAUAUAUGUAUAGAAAAUAAAGUAUAGAUUUAAAAAAGCUUUCAAAGUAUUAAAGCUCUUUUGUCAAUUUAGACUGUACCUGUAUACUACUUGUAUCCCCAUUUGUGUAUGUCAGCUUCUGUACACAUGUAUCAAUAAUGUAAACUGCUCUGAUUAAAUGUGGAAAUGCG